AUGUGUCGUGGUUCCAGUGUACACAGUGAAGAGGGCGAAGCGGCUGACGAUUCCGAUCUUGAUGACGUCGAGCCCAAUGAGGACCACCCUACAUCAAUCAAGGACAAUCUUGAUUUGAAGGUAGCGCCUAAAUCCGCCACUCCAAAGGACGAGGAUGAAGCUGAAAUGGCUGUUCGUGUUAAAAGGUCUAAGCGUAGUGCCAGUGAUUCAGGCAGUAGAAGCAGUUCACUUAGCCAGGACAGCGAUGGAGAUCCGCCUAGUGAUCACGAUAUUGAUUAUGAUCAGAAGCUAGUAAAUACUUUCAAGGCUGAAAAUACAGUGGACUUCGCAUUUCGUUGUGAAUUUAAAAGCGAGUUAGCCCUCUCACCUGGUAAUCACUUAUCAUUCAUAUAUGCAUCAAAUUAG